AUGACCAAUACGACUACAUCGUCGACCAUUGACCCUAGCGUGAAGGCUGGUAAUACCGCCCCUUCGCUAAAGCGCCUCGAUGCUAAAGACCCGGCGACUACGUACGAGCGGGUGGUCGAGCUUGUGCGCUCAGAUGGUGGAGUGGUCAUCAAGAAUCUCAUAUCCACUGAGCAUGCGGCUCGUAUUAAGGCAGAGCUGGCCCCAGUCUUUGCUGCCGAUGUGCCUGAUGCCUCAGGCUUCUUCCCCACUACCACACGCCGGGCUACAGGACUACUAGCAGCAUCCGAGGGUUGCGUUGAACUUGCGACCAACCAGUUGUGGAUAGAUACUUGCAACGAAAUAUUGACCUCGAGAUGUUCUCCCUGGUACGGUGAAAAUCGGCGUACAUUUUUCACGAAGCCUACUCUUGCUGGGACAUUCGGAUUUCAGAUCCGGCCUGGCACGCACGCACAGGACCUGCACCGGGACGAUAGUGAUUAUCACCUACCCAGUGGCCUCGACUCCUGUAUGAUGGGUCUACUUGUCGCCAUCACUAGGUGUACCUACGAGAAUGGUGCGACCAUGGUCAUCCCCAAAUCCAAUGUCUGGAGCUUAGAUCGCGCACCGCGCACCGUCGAGGCAGUGCCAGUGGAACUUGAGAUUGGCGACGCGCUUAUCUUCCCUGGUAAUACCUACCAUGGGGGUGGUGCCAACAAAACUAAACAUGAGAUUCGUGAAGUCAUUGGCCUUUUCAUGUGCAAGGGAUAUCUAAAACCAGAGGAAAACCACCAGCUUGAAAUUCCUGUCGAGGUCGCCAAGGAGAAGAAUUUUUCCCCGCAAGUCCUGCGUCUGCUUAACUAUGGUAUAAGCCAACCAGCGCUAGGGCUUUACAAGUACAAGGACCCCAUGUCUGUCAUUUUUGGCAUCAAAGAUGCAGAGGUUGCAGAUUUAUAA